AUGGAAAAUCCAAGCCGAGUGCCGCUGCUGGUCCGCGUGGCUACGGCAUUGCUAUUAGCAACCAGCCAGCUCGCCACGGCAUAUGACUUAAACCCAGAUUCUCGCGAGUCUAUAACGUCGAUAUCCAAACAAAUGGCAGAGGAUUUGGUAGCUUUUUAUAAAGGCAAUGAGCCUGGCCAAACGCCCGGCCUUCUUCCCGAUCCGUAUUACUGGUGGGAGGCCGGUGCUAUGAUGGGUACUCUCAUCGAUUACUGGUAUUAUACUGGCGAUGAUGCUUAUAAUAAUAUCACGCAGCAAGCUCUCCUUUUCCAAGUCGGGGAUACCAACGACUAUAUGCCAAGAAAUCAAACUCGGACAGAAGGUAAUGAUGACCAGGGCUUUUGGGGUCUUUCCGUCAUGUCGGCUGCCGAAUACAACUUUCCAAAUCCCCCUGCUGACAAGCCACAAUGGCUUGCUCUUGCUCAAGCUGUAUUCAACACUCAGGCUUCUCGAUGGGAUACAGAGUACUGCCAAGGUGGUUUGCGGUGGCAAAUUUUCACAUGGAAUAACGGAUUCGACUACAAGAACUCAAUUUCGCAGGCAUGCUUCUUCGCCCUCGGUGCCAGAUUGGCUCUGUAUACCGGCAACCAGACCUACGCUGAUUGGGCCGAGAAGACGUGGAAUUGGAUGAUUGGCGUCAAGUUCAUCAACACUACAAAUUGGUACGUUUAUGACGGCGCCGAUGUCGAGACCAACUGUACCGUCCUCACGCCUUAUCAAUUCACCUACAAUGCCGGAGGCAUGAUCCUCGGUGCAGCUGCCAUGUAUAAUUAUACAGAGUCGCAGGUCUGGAAGGAUCGCCUAGACAAUCUCAUCACUGGCAGCAAGGUGUUCUUCACGGGCCCCAAAAGCAAUAUCAUGGCAGAGGUUGCGUGUGAGUCGGUCGGUACUUGUAACGUUGAUGAGCACUCAUUCAAGGCAUACUUGAGUCGCUGGCUGGCCAACAUCACCAAAUGGGCUCCUCACACUUAUAAUACAGUCAUGCCAUACCUCCGAGCAUCCUCGAUUGCUGCGGCGAAGCAAUGCGUCGGCGGCAAGAAUGGGCGUAUGUGCGGCCUCAUCUGGAGUAACAACUCUUACGAUGGAACGACUGGUGUCGGUCAGCAAAUGGCGGCUCUUGAAGUCACAAUGGCCAACCUAAUCGGCAAUAGCAGUGCUCCCCUCACUGCCGACAGGGGAGGCACCAGCCAAGGAGACCCUGGUGGUGGCGGCGAUGACUUGGGUCGGGACCAGCCAAAUGGUCCAGACUAUGCACCCAUCAACGGAGGCGAUAGGUUUGGGGCGGCCAUUCUCACAAUUCUUGUCAUCGCUAGCGUGAUAGGAACCAUGGGUUUCCUUUUCCUGGACGAGACAUCUGGUCAAGGGCCUGUAGCUCAGCUGAAAGGGUGUUAUUUUUCUGCCAAAGGAUUUUACUAUUCUGCCUCAGCAGCCAUCACCACUUUUGCCGCGGGUGGAGGUAUAGCCGCGGCCGCCGCUGCCGGACGAAAAAGGGGUGAGAAAGAAAAAGGAGUCGUUAUCAAAGAAAAGGUAGUUACAAAGAGCAGAGAUUCGGGAAGCAAUGGUAGUCUGCAGGGCAGCAGCUCAAACAAUACCUCGACGGAAGCACCCCUGGUUAUUAACCAGUCGGCUCGGCAUAGUAGGGCAAGUCAACGGCGAUCUUCGAAUAUGCCGAUAGGUUGGCCGCAGAACCCGUCCCUCCGGAACAGUGUUGUUGUGGCAGAGUCGUCAUCCGCAGGAGCAUCUACCGAAGGGAGCAGCAGUAACAGAAGAUUAUGA